AUGCUCCGCUCAGCAGCGCGCUUCAAGCACAUUUGGUCCGCUGGCGACAAGCAGUAUGUGGGCUGCUGGGAGUCCGUUCCCCGUCGCUACGGCAAUGCCUUGGGCCCCGUGUCCUACGCCAACCGAGCUCCCGUGCCCAAGGACUGGGUACUGAGGGGGAGUGGUAUCCAUGGCCCAGAGAACGGAGAGGUCAUGAAGUUGGCGCUGUGGAAUCGGCUGAAGCAGAAGCGCCCCCAGCGCCAGGGCGUGACGACAGCAGACCUGCAGGAGUUCUACCGAAUGGAGAUCACAGUUGUGUGGUGGAUGUUUGGCCUGGUGUUCUUCGUGGCGCCUCUCAACUGGUGGGGGAAGAAGUACCGCAUGGUCCACGACCACUACCCGUGGAUGCCCAAGCGCAUGGACGGCACCCGCGGCGUGGGCCCCUACGCCUGGCGCCAUGCACAGGUGCCGCUGUCACUGCAACACGACAUUGGCUUAGCUGACCCUUGCGCUUGUCUGCAGCUGCUCAAGCGGCAAGUAGGCGGCUGCUCAGUUUGCUUCGCAACCUUUGCCAGCGUGGCCAUGCUCCGCUCAGCAGCGCGCUUCAAGCACAUUUGGUCCGCUGGCGACAAGCAGUAUGUGGGCUGCUGGGAGUCCGUUCCCCGUCGCUACGGCAAUGCCUUGGGCCCCGUGUCCUACGCCAACCGAGCUCCCGUGCCCAAGGACUGGGUACUGAGGGGGAGUGGUAUCCAUGGCCCAGAGAACGGAGAGGUCAUGAAGUUGGCGCUGUGGAAUCGGCUGAAGCAGAAGCGCCCCCAGCGCCAGGGCGUGACGACAGCAGACCUGCAGGAGUUCUACCGAAUGGAGAUCACAGUUGUGUGGUGGAUGUUUGGCCUGGUGUUCUUCGUGGCGCCUCUCAACUGGUGGGGGAAGAAGUACCGCAUGGUCCACGACCACUACCCGUGGAUGCCCAAGCGCAUGGACGGCACCCGCGGCGUGGGCCCCUACGCCUGGUUCUUCGAGUGA